AUGUCUUUAACCUCAGCUUACCAGCACAAACUGGCCGAGAAGCUGACCAUCCUGAAUGACCGCGGUCAGGGCGUGCUCAUCCGCAUAUAUAACAUCAAGAAGACUUGUGCAGACCCCAAAUCCAAGCCAUCUUUCUUACUGGAAAAGUCCAUGGAGUCAUCUCUCAAAUACAUCAACAAGAAAUUUCCCAACAUAGAUGUCCGAAACAGCACGAGACUCUCUGGGACAAGAGGGAGAGAACCCGUCCCCUCAAAUUUGGAUAGGAAGAUGCCAUCUUCUCGUCGCUCAUUCUCAUCUCCACUUCUCCCCCAGGAUCAUGUAUAUGAACUUCUCAACACCAUUGAUGCCUGCCAGUGCCAUUUUGAUAUUAAUCUUAACUUCGACUUCACUCGGGGUUACCUGGACUUGAUUGUGACUUACACCUCAGUUAUUUUACUUCUGUCACGGAUUGAGGAUCGGAAAGUGCUCAUCGGCACGUACAACUGUGCUCACGAGAUGAUGCACGGGCACAGUGACUCCAGCUUUGCCCGUCUCGGUCAGAUGGUCUUGGAGUAUGACCAGCCUCUGAAGAAACUGACAGAGGAGUUUGGGCCUCACACAAAGGCUGUGAGUGGUGCCCUCCUCUCUCUCUACUUCCUCUUUGUCCGAAGGAACCAGGGGGCUGAGCAGUGGCGCAAUGCCCAGCUUCUCAGCCUCAUCAGCAGCCCAGCAGCCAUGAUUAACCCUGCUAAUUCCGACACGGUGGCCUGUGAGUACCUCUCUGUGGAGGUGAUGGAGCGCUGGAUUACCAUUGGGUUUCUCCUUUGCCAUGGGUGCCUCAACACCAACACCCAGUGCCAGAAGCUGUGGAAGCUGUGCCUGCAGGGCUCCUUGUACAUCACGCUCAUCCGGGAGGACGCGCUCCAGGUGCACAAGGUCACCGAGGAGCUGUUCAGCAGUUGCAAAGGGUAUGGAAAACGCGUGGCGGACAUCAAGGAAAGCAAGGAAUAUGUUAUUGCCAACAGCGGCCAGUUUCAUUGCCAGCGGCGGCAGUUUCUGCGGAUGGCCGUGAAGGAGCUGGAGACCGUGUUAGCGGAUGAGCCAGGACUGCUGGGUCCCAAGGCCCUCUUGGCUUUCAUGGCCAUGUCUUUCAUUCGUGAUGAGGUCACCUGGCUGGUUCGUCACACAGAGAAUGUCACCAAGACAAAGACGCCAGAGGACUAUGCCGACUCGAGCAUUGCAGAACUGCUGUUCUUACUGGAGGAGAUUAGGACUCUGGUCCGGAGACACAGCAAGGUGAUACAGCAGUACCACCUCCAGUACCUGGCCAGAUUUGAUGCUCUUGUGCUCAGCGAUGCCAUUCAAAACCUCUCUGUAUGCCCCGAGGAGGAGUCCAUCAUCAUGUCCUCAUUUGUCAGUACUCUCUCCUCUCUGAAUCUCAAACAAGUUGAUAAUGAAGAGAAAUUUGACUUCUCUGGCCUGAGGCUGGACUGGUUCCGCUUGCAGGCAUAUACCAGUGUGGCUAAGGCACCCCUGCACCUGCACGAGAACCCCGACUUAGCCAAGGUGAUGAACCUCAUCAUCUUUCACUCCCAAAUGCUGGACUCAGUAGAGAAAGUGUUGGUGGAGACUUCAGACCUGUCUACUUUCUGCUUCCACCUCCGGACCUUUGAGAAGAUGUUUGCCGCCACGCUGGAGGAGCCCACCAUGCUACGCUAUGCCAUCGCCUUCCCCCGGAUUUGUGCUCACUUUGCCCACUGCACUCACGAGAUGUGCCCAGAGGAGUACCCCCACCUGAAGAACCAUGGCCUUCACCACUGCAAUUCCUUCCUGGAGGAGCUGGCCAAGCAGACCAGCAACUGCAUCCUGGAGAUCUGCGCGGAGCAGCGCAACCUGAGCGAGCAGCUUUUACCCAAGCACUGCGCCACCACCAUCAGCAAGGCCAAGAACAAGAAGACCGUGAAGCAGAGGCAGACACCCAGGAAAGGCGAGCCCGAGAAGGACAAGCCAGGAGCCGAGAGUCACCGCAAGAACCGCAGCAUUGUCACCAACAUGGACAAGCUGCACAUACACCUGACAGAAUUAGCACUGACAAUGAAUCAUGUGCACAGCUUCUCUGUAUUCGAGCACACCAUCUUCCCUUCCGAGUAUCUCAGCAGCCAGCUGGAAGCCAGACUCAACAGAGCCAUCGUGUGGCUGGCUGGCUACAGUGCCACCACCCAGGAGAUCGCGCGGCCUUCCGAGCUCCUGACGGGCGUCAAGGCGUACGUCAACUUCGUGCAAUCGCUGGCCCAGCUUUUGGGCACAGAUGCUUCCAGGGUCAUCCGCAACGCCCUCCUGCAGCAGACGCAGCCGCUGGACUCCUGUGGGGAGCAGACUAUCACCACGCUCUACACAAACUGGUACCUGGAAAGCCUGCUCCGCCAGGCCAGCAGCGGCGCCAGCGUCUUGUCCCCGGCCAUGCAGGCCUUCGUCAGCCUCCCCAGGGAGGGGGAGCAGAGCUUCAGCGCAGAGGAGUUUUCUGACGUCUCUGAGAUGCGGGCCUUGGCUGAGCUCCUGGGCCCCUACGGCAUGAAGUUCCUGAGCGAAAACCUGAUGUGGCACGUGACCUCCCAGAUUGUGGAACUCAAGAAGCUGGUGGUGGAAAACAUGGACGUGCUCGUUCAGAUCCGAUCCAACUUCAGCAAGCCGGACCUGAUGGCUUCUCUGCUGCCCCAGCUGACGGGGGCCGACAGUGUGCUGAAGCGCAUGACCAUCAUUGGGGUCAUCCUCAGCUUUAGGGCAAUGGCCCAGGAGGGCCUUCGGGAGGUUUUCUCCUCCCAUUGCCCGUUUCUCAUGGGUCCCAUUGAGUGCCUGAAGGAGAUUGUCACUCCCGACACAGACAUCAAGGUGACCCUCAGCAUCUUCGAGCUGGCAUCUGCCGCCGGAGUGGGCUGUGACAUCGACCCAGCCCUGGUGGCGGCCAUCGCCAAUCUGAAAGCUGAUUCUUCGUCCCUUGAGGAAGAGUAUAAGGUGGCCUGUCUGCUCCUGGUCUUUGUCGCUGUUUCCCUCCCACUCCUCGCCACUGACCCUUCUUCCUUCUACAGCAUAGAGAGGGAUGGUCACAACAACAAUAUUCACUGCUUGACCAAAGCCAUCAUCCAGGUGUCUGCUGCCCUCUUCACACUCUACAACAAGAACAUCGAAACUCACCUUAAGGAAUUUCUGGUGGUGGCCUCUGUCAGCCUCCUGCAACUGGGCCAGGAGACAGACAAGCUCAAAACCAGAAACCGGGAAUCCGUUUCUCUGCUCAUGCGCCUGGUGGUAGAGGAGUCACCGUUCCUGAGCCUGGACAUGAUGGAGUCCUGUUUCCCUUACGUCCUGCUGCGAAACGCCUACCGGGAGGUGUCCCGGGCUUUCCACCCGAGCCGAGUGCCGGCCGGUGCCCACUGAGGCACCUCGGGCCUGCCGGCGCCUGUGCCCUGCCGGACGCCGGGGCCGCUGCCCCGGGGGGACUCUGGGAGAGGGCCUGGAGCGGCGGGUCUGACGGGCCCGCGGGGGCACCGUCCAGGGCUGAGAAGUCCCAGACCAGCGGGGAGCCGGCGGUGGAGGACGGCGGCCGCGCCAGCGGAUUCCUGCAACGGAGAAAAGAACGAGUGAGCUCGAAGUCCGUCUCUACGCUCUGGCGGCCAGAGCUGGAGGGGCCGGCGUGGGUCUCUCCGACCUUCGCCAGCGCUCUGGGAUGAUGCUGGCGGGCAGAGAUGAUCCGUCAUCACAUUAAACCGUAAUGAGCUUCUAAUCCUCCCGCUGGGCGCUGCUGUCUCCUCCGCAUUCUCUAGGACGCCUGUCUCCUCUCCUCCUUCCUCGCAGCGCUCCGCGGACGUUCCGCCUGCCCCUCCUGUGCCGUGGUAGCGACCGAACCCCUCGCUCCUUCCGUGGGGGCUCACUGAGGAGUCACUGGGCCUCAGCCUCCAGCUCUGCUCCCCACAGGGGCGAUGAGGAAAGCCCGCCCCUGUGCCUGCUCCCCAAAGCCCCCCCAGACCUCUGGGUCAGGAGUAAGCGCCCUCAUCUCCUUCACCUUGACCUCACUGCUCUGUCCUUGAUAUUGCCACAGCCCAGGGACAGGUCAAGUUGAAGUGACAUGACAGUUAGUUGGACCCGAGUCAUGUUGGUUUCCCUUCCCAACCAUUUUGGGGUGCUCUCCCCGCUACCCGGAGGAUCCCUUUGUCACCCGGCUGCCCCUGUUGCUCCAGGCAGGAAUUUCUCGGCUGGAUUUUAAAUUGCAUAGACCUCAUUAGGUUACAAGGCCCUAGAGUGGGUGUACUUGAGGGAGUACAAGCUGUUUCAACGCAGCCCUUGUUGUACUAAUUACAAUUUCAAGUGUCACGAAGCCUGGGGCGUUCAAGAUAGCAGCAGACUGGGUUUGGUUAACUCCGAUCCGGCCUCCCAUCGGUCACUGCCGCAAGGAGGCCCAGCGACAGCCGACAGCCGCAGCCGAGCGCGGCUCUGGUCUCGGGCGGUUGCAACGGGCUAAUGCAGUCAGCUAGCUGAUUAAUUAGGGCCAUGGCCGGGCUUCCACGAUAAAAGGGAAGCAAGUUGGAAGGAAGCUGAUUUUCAGCAAAACCAUUUGGCCUACA